CUAUUUUGAUGUUAUUUAUCUCACGAAGCAUUGACCCACACCAAAUUGUGCAGUAGGGAGAUGGAAAAAAGAGGGGGGAAUCAAAUCACUGCUUGGUGGUUAUCAUCGCCUAUUUCUCCUUCUACUACUGUUUCUGAGUAGAUAUCUGAUCUUACUUCCCUUCCGAGGUUGGUUUUCAUUGCACACUAUGUUGAGUUAUUAGGAGAAGUCAGAGAAGAAAAGGCGCAGUACGCGCUCUCCCCGGCUCCCUCCCUCCACGCCUUUCCACUAUAUCACAACCCUUCACCACCACCACCAACAACAUCUCACACACCUCCAUCGCCGGGUUUUUGAGAAUUCGGUUUGGGAAUGGACAAUAAGCGGGCGAUGGUAUUUCAGUUGCAGAAUCGUGGACAUCGUUUUAACCAACGGCAGAUGUAGAGGACGGCAGUAACAACAAGAAAGAUUUCUUGUAUGGCUCGUGAAUCUCCACAAGAUAAACCCAAGAACUUGGUGUCUCCGACUGGUUUUUGCUACUUGGGUACCUCGUCUAACAGCAGCCCUACCAUUCAAAGCCAUCUCGUGAACCAGAUGCAAAGCUUCGAAUCAAGUCCAGAGCUUUUCAACCUAACUUCAGGUAUAGAGAUGUUAGGAUUUCCUUCCAAAAACCUACAGCAGAGAGACAGUAACUCGGUUAUGUGGAAAGGGUUCUUCAGCAAACAAGGAAACCAGGCAUCUUCCUCUUCAAAGACGAUGACCGGCCAUACAAGCGAUUUUUACCAACCCGAAUUCAACAAACCUGCCGACUUCCCAACCGGGUUCUCUGAAACAACGGGUGAGAACCUGAUGGUUACACCUGAACCGGGUUGGAACGACAAUAGACUACUAGUAGAUGAUUCCUGCCUGAGGUGCGUUUUUCCAUGUGAAGGAAACGAGAGGCCGAGUCAAGGACUUUCACUCUCUCUUUCUUCGAGUAAACCUUCUAGCAUAGGACUACAGUCGUUCGAACUGAGAGACACGAAUCAUCAUCAUCAUCAUCAACAACAUCAAGAUGAUAUGAGGUUUAUUUCAUCCAACUCCAGAGAUGGGCUGUUUGGAAAAUCAAUAAAUCAUCAACAACAGCAGCAAAUCCUGCAAGAUGGUUUUUUCGGAAAAGCUGCAAAUGUUCACCAGGUCCACUUUCAGCUAAAGAACUCAAAGUACUUAGCACCUGCUCAGGAGCUUCUGAACGAGGUCUGCAACCUUGGAACAAAGCAAACUGAUCAACCCAAACAGAAGCCCCAUAAGGCCAACCAGUGGGAGGAGGAGAAUGGUGGUGAUUCUUCAAAAAAGCAACCUCUGUACACCCUAGACCUACUUGAAUUGCAGAAACGAAAAGCCAAAUUGCUUUCCAUGCUCGAGGAGGUGGAUAGGAGAUACAGGCAAUAUUGUGAAGAGAUGAAGGGCGUCGUAUCAUCAUUUGAAGCAGUGGCUGGGACGGGAGGCGCAAAAGUGUACUCGGCGUUAGCGUCAAAGGCCAUGUCGAAGCAUUUUAGGUGUUUGAGAGAUGGAAUUGUUGGUCAGAUAAAGGCGACGAAGAAGGCGAUGGGAGAGAAGGAUCUAGUUGCACCGGGUACGACAAAGGGAGAGACGCCAAGGCUCAGGCUUAUUGACCAAGCCCUGAGACAACAAAGGGCUUUUCAGCAAAUGAGCAUGAUGGAGAGUCAUCCCUGGAGACCACAGAGAGGCCUCCCUGAACGUUCUGUUUCUGUACUUCGAGCCUGGCUCUUCGAACAUUUCCUUCACCCGUAUCCAAGCGAUGUAGAUAAACACAUUUUAGCCCGCCAAACAGGCCUUUCAAGAAGCCAGGUGUCCAAUUGGUUCAUAAACGCAAGGGUUAGACUAUGGAAACCCAUGGUGGAAGAGAUGUACUUGGAAGAAACAAAGGAUCUUGACAACAUGACUUCCUCAGAAGGUGGUACAAGUCACGGGGACAACGCCGGCCGCCGGCCAAACCAAAACCAUAAUUCCAAUCAAACUCCUCAGCCCAACUCCGAGGAUCAGAAACCAACAACAGACCAACUUGUCCGCGCCGAAUCUGAGUCUCUCUCUUCUAUCAUCAGCAACCCUGAAAAAAAUGGUAGCAGCAGCAGCAGCAAAAUUAAUGGUAGAAACGAUCAAGGAGACCACUGUCAUCAUCAGCAGAAUCAACAACAACAAUUGGGUAGCAGCAGAGUACCCGAGCUGUUUGGUGCCGUGGAUUUGGAUUUCUCAGCUUACAACCAGCAUACAGCUGCUAGCACCAUAUCUUUUGCAAAUAAUGGCGGUGUCCAUCAUCAGAAUAUCGGCGGUGGUGUGUCUCUAACACUGGGACUGCAACAGCACGGUGGGAGCGGUGUGAGUCUUUCCUUCUCCCCAGCAUCACAGCACUCUCUUUUCUUCCCAAGAGAUCACAUUAAUGAAGACUGCCAAUCAAUUCAUCAGUACUCCAUGUUAGAUGGGGAAGGACAAAAUAAUCUACCGUAUAGGAACUUGAUGGGAGCGCAGUUGCUCCAUGACUUGGCUGGGUAGACAAAAUCAGCAGAAAAAUUAAAGCUCGACCCAACAUUUGUUCCGUCUCCGCCGAGACGGCCAGCUGGAGUUAAUUGCAUGUCAAAGAAUGAUGGUAAUUAAUAGAUGAUCAUACGUACAUACUCCCAUACAUAAACAUAAAUCAACAUAUACUAUGAUCCAACGUACUUACUUUGCAGCUAUAUAGCUAGCUGGAAUGGUAAAUUUGUGUCGUUAUCGUGGAAUUAAUAUAUAGUCUACUAUAUAGCUUGUUUAGUUCAUUCAACAUCUGAUUGUCUGGACUUGUAUUGCCAUUGAUCCAUUGAUGCAAGGAUAUACAUAUACUUUUUGAGUUUUUUCCCUUCA